CAUGCGUAUCUCCGUCUUGUUAGGCAGCCAUUUCUGAUGAGGAUCGACUUCGAUUGCAUCGUUUUCUUCAGAACCUCCGAGAAAUGUCGUAAAAUUUUGGAAACAUUCUUCGAGCAGUUACAGCGUAGUCAACUGUCAGCACUCAAGGAGUCCGACGGGCACUACGGUAACGGUAGAGCUGUAGUCUGAUCGGCUCUUGUCUGUAAAGACAACUCCCCAGAAAACCUUCGCUCCAUCACACACCAAGGUCUCAGUUGACACCGAACAGUCCCAGAUCUCGGCAAUCCAAAAUGCGAUCCACGUCACUGAUUCGGCGCUUUUUGGUGAUGGUCCCGAUAUGUCUGGCCACCAUUUUCGUGUUUUAUUUCACAAAUGCCCUGAUGGAUAGUAGCAGGGAUUCUAGGGAUUUCGAACAUAAAUGUGACUGUAGCAAACAUGAUAUUCCAAGCAAACAAGAUGGCCACCGUGAGAUACAAGAUAUCCCUAACAAACAAGAUAUCCCUAACAGACAAGAUGUCCCUAAAAUCCAAGAUAUUCCCAAGAAACAAGUUGAUCUACCUAACGCAGGUAAUAACCCGAACGUUGAUAAGAUCCCUGAGGUUCCCGAACAGACAGAUCCAGCGUGUGCCCCCGAACCCAAGGACAACCCGAACGUCAACCCCCUCUCAAAGUUCUACUCAGUAUGGUACGACCCACCUACCCAAGUCGCCAAGCGAGACAAGGUGACGAUUGUCAUCUGGACAGAGCUGUGGGACAACCAGAUGAGGAAGGUUCUACCAAAGGGAAAGGGUGCAAAAUGCCUCAGUAUGCCGAACUGUAUCUUUUCCAAGUUUCGGAACGAAAUUGAAGAAGCUGACGCCGUUCUCUUUGAAGUCAGCAACUUGCAGAAGAACUACAACGCGUCAGUGUUGCCGAAAUUUCGUCACCCUCGCCAGCAUUGGGUAUGGUACCACACAGAGUGCCCGGGGUUCCCGUCUAUAAACUUUGAGACGUACAGGAGUGUUUUUAACUGGACCAUCACCUACAGAGCAGACUCCGACUCGUCUGGUGCGUGGGGAUCUCUACACAGAACCUACCAGAGGCUCAAAGUCGAAGGAGUCGAUCCCAACAAGGACUACACAAAGGGAAAGAGGAAGCUAGCAGUUUGGUUCAUCAGUAAGUGCAACACUCAAGCCAAUCGCGUCGCUUACGCUACUGAACUGGUCAAGCACAUGCACGUGGAUGUCUUCGGAAGAUGUGGAAAGACUGUCUGCGCCAAGUGGAACGUUACCUGCAUGCCUGACAUCAUUACACAGUACAAGUUCUACCUCGCCUUCGAGAACAUGAAGUGUAAGGAAUACCUCACCGAGAAGUUCUGGAGGAACGCCCUGGCAAACGACGUCAUUCCAGUCGUUCUAGGAGCCAACAGAUCCGACUACGAGAGGCUGGCACCACCGCACUCCUACAUCCACGUGGACGACUUCAAGUCACCCAAGGAACUCGCAAACUACUUAAUGUUACUUGAUAAAGAUAAGGACCAAUAUAACGCAUACUUUAAGUGGAAGACCCACCCACCUAAGGACAUACCUUUAGAGGAAGGUAUGUGGUGUAAUAUGUGUAGGGAGCUUCUGAAUAGGUGUCCGACUAAGAGGAAACUUUACACGAAUUUGAGGGGUUGGUUCGAAGGCGAGAACAAGUCGAUGUGCGAUCCGAUGGAAGAUGUGAAAUUUCAGGAGCUACAGUUUGAGAACGAUCGCUUCAAAGUUGCUUCAUAUGCAUGAGCAUU